AUGAUUCUAAGCUGCUCCUGGUGCAAUGUGCUGCAGAGACUAGUCCCUGCUGCAACUGGUGCAACACGGCACGUUUGCAAGCCUGAGAAGCGAGCUCCACGUGUCUUCCCCUGCAGCACCGUUUUUCAUCUUCCCUACUCCUCACUCACUCCUUACUGCCUGGCAAGGGUGGACGAGUCCCAGCUGCAGCUGGCUGGUGCGGCAUGGCACGUGCUAUUUGGACAAGUGGUGGUGGAUGAGUCGCAGCUGCACCUGGUGCGGCACGACACGUGCAAGCUGGAGAAGGUGGGGGGGCGAGGGGGGGACGACUACGGUGCGUGGAGCCUCUGCACCAAUCACGUGCGGCCAGGUGGCGUCGUGUACUCGUUUGGCAUCGGCGCUGACGUGUCGUUUGACAACGGGAUGGUGAACCGCGGCCACAAGGUGUUCGGAUUCGACCCCACUGUCCCCCCGGAGCGCGUGCAAGCCAUGUUCAAGGACCACCACAAUCGCGACCAGCCGGCCGCCUUCCAAUUCCGUCAACUCGGCCUGGCCGGCACGGACGGCAUCGUCACCUUCUUCCACUCCAAGAACCCGCGCGUGCAGUCCAUGACGGCCGUCAAGCCGGAGAAACUUGCCGGCCGGUUCGAAAGCCAGGGGAUGCCGGCGCCGGUGCUGCGAUUGCCAACGUUCAUGUGCGGGAACGGGCACGGAUUCGUGGAUGUGUUGAAAAUGGACGUGGAGGGGGUGGAGUUUGACGUGUGCGACGCGUGGCUUCGCAUGAAAACGCCGCUGCCGUUCGGGCAGAUCUUGAUUGAGUUUCACGAUCGCAUGGUGACGGAUGCGAAGGCGCGCAAGGGCGCGUGCCUGCGCGCGUUGCAGCGAAACGGGUUUGUGGAGGUGUAUGUGAGCGAGAACUUUCAAGAAGCCACGUACGCUCGCAUGGCGCCUAAGGGAUGA